AUGAUUCUGGACGAGGGUACUUGUUUCAUCGAAAGCAGUUCUCCUUCUGUAGAUUUUUCGACCUAUUCCAAUGUGGACGAGAAUUUCAUGAUGACGUUUCAUCAAAAUACGCUAAGCCAUAUCUUUACACCAGAACAAUCAUCUUCAAAUGAUGAACAUGAAUCUGAUUUUUGGACCCUGAACGAUGUUGAGCAAAAUCAGUUGUUGACCCAAUUGUACUAUCAUGAUAGUGACGAUUUUGUUGACAAUGAUGUUAUUUUUACAGUCACAGAUAAAGAUUCAGAGACUAUUAACGAAUCGUUCGAUAUUGCCGAUAUUGAUCCAAACGAUUUAUUAUCAUUUUGUCUUGAGACAGAUGAUACAGAAGACAGAACUGAAGAGGAAUCGCCUGAAUUUACACCAAGCGAAUUUAAACUUCCUCAUCCUCCAGGAAGACAAAUACGAUGCAAAAAAGGUUGCACUCGUUGCACAGGACGUGUUUGCAAGAAAGCCGGUCUAAAAUGCUCUACUGAAUGUGAAUGUGGCUCUGAAUGUAAAAAUUUACAAAAAGACAGUAAUCAUUUCCAAAAUGGAUGGGAUUUGAAUGGCAAAUUUUCAAAGGUGGAAAUUAAAGCACCUCAAAGAUCAGGACCGACUAACAUACCUGAAAACUUCACUCUUCUAAAAUCUGCCAAUCUUAUAUGGGAUGAAUCUAUAAUUGAACAUGUUUGGUGCAGAACAAACUGGAAAAAAGAAUAUUGUGAAACAUUUGAGACAAAACUCAGCAAGCACAAGGAAUGGCAGGAAGCAAAAACAAAGCAUUACCUUGCUAAAAAAACAACAAAAAGGAAAUAUGUGCACAUUUCUGAAAAUGAAAUUCCACCUCUGAUCGAAGAUGAAAACCCUUUCACUUUACCUGAGCCAAAAUUCGAAGACUUCGAUAGUUUUUAUCGAUGA